AUGACUGAUAGCUUCACAUCUUCUACAUCAGUGGAUGGCAGUGAGGAACAUUUGGUAGAGACGCUUAUGUCGCAAGUUGACGAUGAAGAUAUUACCACAAUCAUAGGGUUGCAGAAGAAAUCGUUAGCACAGUUCGAGAAAACCAAUGAAAUGCUAACAAACUGCUGUAUAUUAUCAGCUAGCAGACUUGAAAAAGCACGAAAAGAUUUGGCCGAAAACAGACAAUUAAUACUGGAGAUGAAGUCUGACUUGGAAUCUGUUUUUCGUCGAAUACGCACCUUUAAGCAGAAUUAUAUUACGAAAUAUGCUGAUGUUUAUAAACACUUCGAGCAACAGUAUCGUGAUGAAGAAAAAGAUGAGUAG